UGCACUUUCCCAGUUCUGCUAACCAUUAUUUAUAACGAACAUUUUCCAGCGACCAGCGCUCGUCACCAGUGUGUUAGCUUCGACUCAGUGUUCACACUAAAUGGUUGUAACAGUUUUCGAGUUAUUUCAGACUCAUUAUUAGUAUUCUCUUUUUUUUCGACCUGUUUGUUUGCUAGCUUUAGCAAUGUCGCUAUAAACACGAUAUUUUGUGUUUAUAGGGUCAUGUUAGAUGGUUCCCGGGUCCAUGUAAAUAUAUGUUAAAUGAUACCGUUGCUGAGUUGAGUUAGGUUUAAAUUUGUGUUUUUGAAAAGUGCUAGUAAAAUAGUUGCCUGAUAAUCCGUAAUAUCGUGUCGCCAUCUGCCGGUGUAGUGAACCAUUACAAGCGCGAGGCUAAUGAUUUUGCAAAAAGGGCUUAGGUGUUCGGACUCAUCCUCCCGACAUUCCUGAUAAUUCAGCCUCCUCCUCGUCAUCUGUGGCGUCGGUCGCAGCGGCUACAGACGGGACCCAGCGGCAGGGGGAGGAUGCCAGAUGGACGCUGAAGAGGAGCUGCAGACAACCCUCUUGGAAGGAUGGCAGAAGGGGCAGAGGGAGAGGAGGAGAUUCAGUUCCUGCGAACGGAUGACCAGGUGGUUCUGCAGUGCACCGCCUCCGUCCUGAAGGAGCAGCAGAUCAAACUGUGUCUCUCCUGUGAAGGUUUUGGGAACCGACUCUGCUUCCUGGAGACGACGUCCAACGCUCAGAAGGUUCCCCCGGAUCUGGCGAUAUGCAACUUCAUCCUGGAACAGUCGCUGUCGGUGCGAGCGCUGCAGGAGAUGCUGGCCAACACUGUGGAGAUGACCGAGACAGUUGAUCUGGACAAAUGGUCGUCUCAAGGUGGAGGCCAUCGCACGCUGCUGUAUGGCCACGCCAUCCUGCUGAGGCACAGCCACUCGGGCAUGUACCUGAGCUGUCUGACGACAUCCCGCUCACUCACAGACAAGCUGGCCUUCGACGUGGGUUUACAAGAAGACUCCACCGGUGAGGCUUGCUGGUGGACUAUUCAUCCAGCCUCCAAGCAGCGGUCGGAAGGUGAAAAGGUCAGAGUGGGGGAUGACCUCAUCCUUGUCAGCGUGUCCUCUGAGAGAUACCUGCACUUGUCUUACGCCAGCGGAGACCUGAUGGUGGAUGCUUCCUUCAUGCAAACCCUCUGGAACAUGAAUCCCAUUAGUUCCGGCUGUGAACUGGCUGAAGGCUUUCUAACUGGAGGUCACGUUCUCCGUCUGUUUCACGGUCACAUGGACGAGUGUCUGGCCAUCGCAACGCCCGAGGAAGGAGAGGAGAAGCGCAGGGUGGCUCACUAUGAAGGUGGAGCUGUGUGCAGCCAAGCCCGCUCCCUCUGGAGGCUGGAGCCUCUCCGAAUCAGUUGGAGUGGCAGCCAUAUGAAAUGGGGUCAGUCUUUCCGCAUUCGACACAUCACCACAGGCCGGUACCUGUGUCUGGAUGAGGAGAAAGGUCUGCUGGUGGUCGACCCGGAGAAGGCCAACACCAAACUGUCAGCCUUUUGCUUCCGUGCAACAAAGGAUAAGGUGGAGGUGGCUCAGAAGCGUGACGUGGAGGGGAUGGGAAUACCUGAGAUCAAGUAUGGGGAGUCCAUGUGCUUUGUCCAGCACGUGUCCACUGGACUGUGGCUGACAUACGCAGCUCUGGACGCAAAAGCUGCUCGUCUGGGAAUGAUGAAGAGAAAGGUUAUCCUGCACCAGGAGGGUCACAUGGAUGACGCCCUGACUGUCUCACGCUCUCAGACUGAGGAGUCUCAGGCUGCUCGAAUGAUCUACAGCACCAUGGGCCUGUUCAGACAGUUCAACCAGGGUCUGGACUCCCUGAGUGGGAAGAGCAAGCAACCUUCAGCCACGCCGCUUCCUCUGGAGGGCGUCAUCCUUUCUCUCCAGGAUCUCAUCUUCUACUUCCGCCCUCCGGAAGAAGAGCUAGAGCAUGAGGAGAAGCAGACCAAGCUCCGCUCACUGCGCAACAGACAGAACCUUUUCCAAGAGGAGGGAAUGAUCACCAUCGUCCUGGAAUGCAUCGAUCGCUUGAAUGUGUACAACACCGCCGCUCACUUCUCUGAGUUUGCUGGAGAAGAAGCUGCUGAGUCCUGGAAGGAGAUUGUCAAUCUUCUUUACGAGCUGCUGGCCUCACUCAUUAGAGGAAACAGAUCCAACUGCGCCUUGUUCUGUGAUAACCUGGACUGGCUGGUCAGCAAGCUGGACCGUCUUGAGGCCUCCUCAGGUAUUCUGGAGGUGUUAUACUGUGUUCUCAUCGAGAGCCCUGAAGUUCUAAACAUCAUUCAGGAGAACCACAUUAAAUCCAUCAUCUCUCUACUGGACAAGCACGGCAGGAACCACAAGGUUCUGGACGUCCUUCGCUCUCUCUGUGUGUGUAACGGUGUCGCUGUAAGGUCCAAUCAGAACCUCAUCACUGAGAACCUUCUCCCUGGACGAGACCUACUGCUGCAGACCAACAUUGUCAACUAUGUGACAAGUUUGAGGCCAAACAUCUUCCUUGGAACCUGUGAGGGCUCGACGCAGUACAAGAAGUGGUACUACGAGAUGAUGGUGGACUACGUGGAGCCUUUCGUGACUGCGCAGGCCUCUCAUUUGCGCGUGGGCUGGGCUAUGACCGAGGGCUACAGCCCCUACCCGGGUGGAGGAGAGGGCUGGGGAGGCAACGGCGUGGGAGACGACCUCUACUCUUACGGUUACGAUGGUCUGCACUUAUGGUCCGGUACUUUGGCGCGACAGGUGGCCUCCCCGAACGCUCACACUCUGGCUGCGGACGAUGUGGUCAGCUGCUGUCUGGAUCUGAGUGUGCCCAGUAUCUCCUUCCGCAUCAACGGCCACCCGGUUCAGGGCAUGUUUGAGAACUUCAAUGUGGACGGCCUCUUCUUUCCCGUCAUCAGCUUCUCUGCCGGUGUCAAAGCUCGGUUCCUCCUCGGCGGUCGUCAUGGGGACUUCAAAUUCAUGCCACCACCAGGCUAUGCUCCGUGCUACGAGGCCUUGCUGCCCCGCGAAAGGAUGCGGAUCGAACCCAUCAAAGAGUACAAGCACGACUUCAACGGUGUGCGAAACCUGCUGGGGCCCACUCUGUCCCUCACCCACACCUCUUUCACACCCUGCCCUGUAGACACUGUGCAGAUCGUGCUGCCACCACACUUGGAGCGAAUCCGGGAGAAGCUGGCGGAGAACAUUCACGAGCUCUGGGCGAUCACAAGGAUCGAGCAGGGAUGGACGUAUGGCACCUUCAGAGAUGACAACAAAAAACUUCACCCAUGCUUGGUGGACUUCCAGAGUCUCCCUGAGCCAGAGAGAAACUACAAUCUGCAGAUGUCUGGAGAGACUCUCAAGACCCUCCUGGCUUUGGGCUGCCAUGUUGGCAUGGGGGAUGAGAAGGCUGAGGAGAAUCUCAAGAAGAUCAAGCUGCCAAAGACCUACGUGAUGAGUAACGGCUACAAGCCCGCCCCCCUUGACCUCAGCCAUGUCAAACUGACACCCAACCAGAACCAGCUGGUGGAGAAGUUGGCGGAGAAUGGGCACAAUGUUUGGGCAAGGGACCGAGUUCGACAAGGGUGGACAUACAGUAUUGUGCAGGACAUCUUGAACAAGCGUAACCCUCGUCUGGUCCCUUACAACCUGCUGGACGAGAGAACCAAGAAAACCAACAGGGACAGUGUCAACAACGCUGUCCGUACUCUCAUUGGCUACGGCUACAACAUUGAACCUCCAGAUCAGGAGAGCACGAGUCACGGUCUAGAGAACGUCCGUGGUGACAAAGUCCGGCUCUUCAGAGCUGAGAAGUCGUACGCUGUGACUCAGGGAAAGUGGUACUUUGAGUUUGAGGCUGUGACCACAGGAGAGAUGAGAGUGGGCUGGGCUCGUCCCAACGUCCGCGCCAACACUGAGCUGGGAGCGGACGAACUGGCCUACAUUUUCAAUGGCAACAAGGCUCAACGAUGGCACGUCGGCAACGAGCCCUUCGGUCGGCAGUGGCAGUCCGGCGACGUUGUUGGUUGCAUGAUCGACCUCACAGAGAUGAACAUCAUGUUCACCCUCAACGGGGAAAUGCUGAUCAGUGACUCCGGCUCAGAAAUGGCGUUCAAAGAUAUUGAGAUUGGAGAAGGUUUCAUCCCGGUGUGCACCCUGGGUCUGUCUCAGGUGGGGAGGAUCAACCUGGGCCGCAACGUGAGUAGCCUGCGCUACUUCGCCAUAUGUGGCCUUCAAGAAGGAUUUGAACCGUUCGCUAUAAACAUGAAGCGAGACAUCACUAUGUGGUUCAGUAAGAGUUUGCCACAGUUUAUACCUGUGCCCACCGAUCACAACCACAUUGAGGUUUCCCGUGUUGAUGGGACAGUAGACAGCGCCCCCUGUCUGAAGCUGACCCACAAAACAUUUGGCUCUCAGAACGCCAACACAGACAUGAUGUUCCUGAGGCUCAGCAUGCCCAUCCAGUUCCAUGAAAACUUCAAGAUCCAGGCCGGCACCACCCCCCUCACCCGGGCCCUCACUAUACCCGAGGACGAGGUGGUGGUCGUGGAGCCUGACUCUGAGUUUGAGGUCCUGAAGAAGUCUGCCAGCCGAAAGGAGCAGGAGGAGGACAAGAAAGAGCCGUCGGUGGCGAAGGAGUUGUCUGUGGAGAACGAGAAGGACACAGUGUCAGAGAAGGGAAAGAAACGAGGGUUUUUCUCUAAAGCCAAAAAAGCAGCCAUGACACCUCUGGCUCCGCCUCCUCCUCCAACUGUCCCACGUUUAGUUGAAGAUGUGGUUCCGGAUGACCGAGAUGACCCUGAGAUCAUCCUGAACACCACAACGUACUACUACUCGGUGAGGAUCUUUGCCGGUCAGGAGCCAUCCGGUGUCUGGAUCGGCUGGGUGACACCGGACUAUCACCAAUACGACCCAAACUUUGACCUCUCAAAAGUGCGCUGUGUCACGGUGACAGUGGGAGACGACAGAGGAAACAUCCACGAUAGCAUGAAGCACAGCAACUGCUACAUGGUUUGGGGUGGUGACUUGGUCAGCAAUCAGCAGACCCGCUUCAGCCAGGAGGACAUGGUGGUGGGAUGUCUGGUGGACCUAGCAACUGGUCUCAUGACCUUCACGGCAAAUGGGAAGGAGAUCAACACCUUCUAUCAGGUGGAGCCCAACACCAAGCUGUUCCCAGCCGUCUUCGUCCAGCCCUCCAGCCAGAACAUGGUACAGCUGGAGCUCGGCAAACUCAAGAACAUCAUGCCCAUCUCGGCAGCAAUGUUCCGCAGUGAGCGCAAGAACCCUGUCCCACAGUGUCCGCCUCGGCUGGAUGUCCAGAUGCUGACCCCGGUCAUCUGGAGCCGCAUGCCCAAUCACUUCCUCAACCCGGAGGUUGGCAAAGUGAGCGAGAGACUGGGCUGGAUGGUGGAGUGCACAGAGCCACUCAUCAUGAUGGCACUGCACAUCCCUGAGGAGAACAGGUGCAUCGACAUCCUGGAGCUGUCCGAGCGUCAGGACCUGAUGAAGUUCCACUUCCACACGUUGAUGCUGUACUGCGCCGUCUGUGCUCUGGGCAACAACCGUGUCGCUCACGCGCUCUGCAGCCAUGUGGAUGAGUCUCAGCUCUUCUACGCAACUGAGAACACCUACCUGCCUGGACCUCUGCGGGGGGGCUACUACGACCUCCUCAUCAGCAUCCACCUGGAGUCGGCCAAGCGGGCCCGACUCGGAACCAACAGAGAGUUCAUCGUACCCAUGACGGAGGAAACGCUCAGCAUCCAUCUCUACCCUGAUGUGAAGAAGGCCCACGCCCUUCCUGGCGUCGGCCUCACCACCUGUCUGCGGCCCAAACUCCACUUCUCCUCCAUCAACUUUGUGGGCACUGAUCCAGAUCUAUACACCCUCAGUCCUAUUUUCCCCCUGCAGGAACUGAAGACCAGAGCCAUUAGCAUGCUAACAGAAGCCGUGCUAGACGGUAGCCAGGCCAUGCGGGAUCCAGUAGGGGGCAGCGUCGAGUUCCACUUCGUUCCGAUCCUGAAGCUGAUCAGCACCCUGCUCAUCAUGGGAAUCUUCAACGACGAAGACACCAAACACAUCCUCAAGAUGAUCGACCCGAACGUUUUCAGCGGGAAGGAGGAAGAGGAGGCAGAGGAGGCCCCAGAGGGCGAGAACAAAGAUGCAAAGGAGGAGGAAGAGGAGGUUGACCUGGAGGACGAAGGUGUCGGUGAUGAGGAUGAAGAGCAGGGAGAUUUAGAAAAGGAGGGCGAGGAGGAGCCUAAAGAGGAGGGAGAGGAGAAGGAGGAUCGAGAGGCCAAAGAUGGAAAAGUGGAUGGUGAGAAGGCAGAGGAGGAGAAGGAGGCAGAGGCAGUGGAAGGGGACGUGAAAGAAGAGGAAGAGGCUCCCGAGGAGGGUCUGCUCCAGAUGAAGCUGCCAGAGUCUGUCAAACUGCAGAUGUGCACUCUGCUGCAGUACUUUUGCGACUGUGAGCUGCGUCACAGGGUGGAAGCCAUCGUGGCCUACUCCGACACGUUUGUGCAUGAAAUCCAGAACAACCAGCGUGUCCGCUACAACGAGCUGAUGAGAGCCUUCACCAUGUCAGCCGCAGAGACUGCACGCAAGACCCGAGAGUUCCGCUCGCCACCGCAGGACCAGGUUCUUUUACUGACUAAUUUCAAGCACAAUCCAGAGGACGAGGACUGUCCGGUUCCUGAGGAGGUCCGUGAUACUCUGGGCGACUUCCACAACGACCUCCUGCUUCACUGCGGUAUUCACAUCGAGGAGGAGACGGAGGAGGAGGAGGUGGACACGACACUCAGAGGGAGACUCCUCAGUCUAGUGGACAAGGUCAAGAAUUUCCGCAAGAAGGAGGAUGAAGAGAAGCCGGAGGCCGAGGAGGAGCCGAAGCCCAGCACUCUUCAGGAGCUGAUCUCGCACACUAUGAUCCACUGGGCCCAGGAGUCCUUCAUCCAGAACCCUGAGCUUGUGCGGCUGAUGUUCAGCCUGCUGCACAGGCAGUACGACGGACUUGGGGAGCUGAUCCGAGCUCUGCCCAAAGCCUACGCCAUCAACGCCGUGUCUUACCAGGACACCAUGGACCUGCUGGAGUGUUUGGGUCAGAUCAGAUCGCUGCUCAUCGUCCAGAUGGGCCCAGAGGAGGAGCGGCUCAUGAUUCAGAGCAUCGGAAAUAUCAUGAACAACAAGGUGUUCUACCAACAUCCUAACCUAAUGCGAGCACUGGGCAUGCACGAGACGGUCAUGGAGGUCAUGGUCAACGUCCUGGGUGGAGGAGGAGACUCAAAGGAGAUCCGGUUCCCUCAGAUGGUUACCAACUGCUGCCGUUUCCUGUGCUACUUCUGCCGUAUCAGCCGACAGAACCAACGCUCCAUGUUCGACCACCUCAGCUACCUGCUGCAAAACAGCGGCAUUGGUCUCGGCAUGCGUGGCUCCACUCCUCUGGACGUGGCUGCUGCUUCUUGCAUUGACAACAAUGAGCUGGCGUUGGCACUGCAAGAACAAGAUCUGGAGAUGGUGGUGACGUACCUGGCGGGCUGCGGGCUGCAGAUGUGCCCGAUGCUUCUGUCCAAGGGCUACCCUGACAUCGGCUGGAACCCCUGUGGAGGAGAGAGAUACCUGGACUUCCUCCGUUUCGCUGUCUUCGUCAAUGGUGAGAGCGUGGAGGAGAACGCCAACGUUGUGGUGCGCUUGCUCAUCCGUCGGCCCGAGUGCUUUGGUCCCGCCCUGAGAGGGGAAGGUGGUAAUGGUCUGCUGGCUGCCAUGGAAGAGGCCAUCAAGAUCUCAGAGGACCCAGCACGAGAUGGACCCACGGUCAAGAAAGAUCGGCGCUUUAUGUUCGGAGGCGAGGAACAACAUGAGGAGAACCGGGUGCAUCUGGGCAACGCCAUCAUGUCCUUCUACUCCGCCCUCAUUGACCUGCUGGGCCGCUGCGCUCCAGAGAUGCAUCUGAUCCAAGCGGGCAAGGGUGAAGCUCUGAGGAUCCGAGCCAUUCUGAGGUCUUUGGUGCCCAUUGAGGACCUGGUGGGGGUCAUUAGCCUUCCAGUGCAGAUUCCUGCCCACGGCAAAGACGGCCAGAUCGUAGAACCCAAGAUGUCUGCCAGCUUCGUGCCGGAUCACAAGGCCUCCAUGGUGCUGUUCCUGGACAGAGUGUAUGGAAUUGAUAACCAGGACUUCCUGCUGCACGUGCUUGAAGUGGGAUUCCUGCCCGACAUGAGAGCGGCUGCCUCUCUGGACACUGUGGCGUUCAGCACCACAGAGAUGGCCCUGGCUUUGAACCGCUACCUCUGCUCGGCCGUGCUGCCUCUGCUCACCAAGUGCGCACCGCUGUUCGCUGGCACCGACCACCGUGCCAUCAUGAUCGACUCCAUGCUUCACACCAUCUACCGACUGUCCCGCGGCCGUGCGCUGACCAAGGCCCAGCGAGACGUCAUCGAGGAGUGUCUGAUGUCCCUCUGCAAGUGGCUGCGGCCCUCCAUGCUGCAGCAUCUGCUCCGUCGUCUGGUGUUUGACGUUCCCAUCCUCAAUGAAUACGCCAAGAUGCCUCUCAAGCUGCUGACCAAUCACUACGAGCGCUGUUGGAAGUAUUACUGCCUCCCGAAUGGAUGGGCCAACUUUGGGGUGACGUCAGAGGAGGAGCUGCAUCUGUCCCGGAAACUCUUCUGGGGAAUCUUUGAAUCAUCCGCCCACAAGAAAUACGAUGCAGAGCUCUUCAAGAUCGCAAUGCCAUGUCUCUGCGCCAUCGCCGGAGCCAUCCCUCCGGACUACGUUGAUGCCAGCUACUCUUCCCACACGGAGAAAAAGGCCUCUGUGGACGCCGAGGGCAACUUUGAUCCCAAACCUGUGGAGACCACCAACACCAUAAUCCCUGAGAGACUGGACGUCUUCAUCAACAAGUACGCUGAGCACACACAUGACAAAUGGGCCUUUGAGAAGAUCCAAAACAACUGGACUUAUGGAGAGGCACUGGAUGAAAACGCCAAAACUCACCCGAUGCUGCGGCCCUACAAGACAUUCUCAGAGAAGGAUAAAGAGAUCUACCGCUGGCCCAUAAAGGAGUCCAUCAAAGCCAUGCUAGCCUGGGAGUGGACUUUGGAAAAGGCCCGAGACGGAGAGGGAGACAUGGAGAAGAAAGCAGCUGCCACCACCACCACCACCCGCAAAAUCUCCCAAACCGCUCAGGCCACCUAUGACCCCAGUCACGGCUACAACCCUCAACCCAUCGACAUCACAGCAAUGGCUCUGUCCAGGGAGCUGCAGUCAAUGGCUGAACAGCUGGCUGAGAACUACCACAACACCUGGGGCCGCAAAAAGAAGUUGGAGCUGCAGUCCAAAGGGGGCGGAACUCAUCCACUGCUGGUGCCGUAUGACACCCUGACUGCAAAGGAGAAAGCACGAGACAGGGAAAAGGCUCAGGACCUGCUCAAGUUCCUGCAGCUGAACGGCUACGCAGUGACCAGAGGGCUGAAGGACAUGGAGCAGGACAUUUCCUCCAUUGAGAAGCGUUUUGCUUAUGGAUUCCUCCAGAAACUACUUAAAUGGAUGGACAUCGCCCAGGAGUUCAUCGCUCAUCUGGAGGCCGUCGUCAGCAGUGGACGAGUAGAGAAGUCGCCGCAUGAACAGGAAAUUAAAUUCUUUGCCAAGAUUCUGCUGCCACUGGUCAACCAGUACUUCAAAAACCAUUGCCUCUACUUCCUGUCCACUCCUGCCAAAGUCCUGGGCAGCGGUGGACAUUCCUCCAACAAGGAGAAGGAGAUGAUUGCCAGGUCAGUAGCGCCAGAUGAUCCUUUACCCUUCAGAGUUAGUCUUCCUCCCUCCCUCGUUCUGGUCAUAUUGUUUAUUCCCAAAGCGUUCCUUUUUGUGUCUCCUCAACCUCUUUUCCUCCCUUGUUUCUCCUGGUCCUCCCUUCUGGUUUCCUGCAUCAGUAUCUUCUGUAAGUUGGCUGCUUUGGUGAGGCACAGAGUUUCUCUCUUCGGAACUGAUGCGAGUGCAGUGGUCAACUGUCUGCACAUCCUGUCUCGCUCACUGGACGCCAGAACUGUGAUGAAAUCUGGACCUGAAAUUGUGAAGGCCGGCUUGCGUCAGUUCUUUGAGAGCGCUGCUGAUGACAUUGAGAAAAUGGUGGAGAAUCUCAAACUGGGGAAAGUGUCCAGUCGAAACCAGGUCAAGGGCGUGUCCCAGAACAUCAAUUACACCACCGUUGCCCUCCUGCCGGUCCUCACCACCCUGUUCGACCACAUCGCUCAGCACCAGUUUGGAGACGACGUCAUGAUGGACGACUUGCAGAUCUCUUGCUAUCGCAUCAUGUGCAGCAUCUACUCUCUGGGCACUGUCAAGACCCCUCACGCUGAAAAGCAGCGUCCCGCCCUGGGCGAGUGUCUUGCCCACCUGGCUGCAGCGAUGCCAGUCGCCUUCCUGGAACCUUCCCUGAAUGAGUACAACACCUUCUCUGUUUACACCACGAAGACCCCCAGAGAGCGAUCCAUUCUGGGCCUUCCUAACCAGGUUGAGGAGCUAUGCCCGGACAUCCCAGAACUAGAGGUCCUGAUGAAGGAGAUCCAUGACCUGGCAGAGUCUGGUGCACGCUACACGGAGAUGCCCCACGUGAUCGAGAUCACUCUGCCUAUGCUGUGUAACUACCUACCCCGCUGGUGGGAAAGAGGUCUGGAGAACUUCCCAGAUAUGGAAGGUCAGCUCUGCACCUCGGUCACCUCGGAGCAGCUCAACCAGCUGCUGGGCAGCAUCAUGAAGAUUGUGGUCAACAACCUUGGCAUCGACGAGGCCUCCUGGAUGAAGAGGCUGGCAGUGUUUGCGCAGCCCAUCGUCAGCAGGGCCAAGCCAGAGAUGCUCAAGUCCCACUUCAUCCCCACCAUGGAGAAGCUGAAGAAGCGCUGCGGGAAGGUAGUGGCUGAGGAGGAUCAGCUCCGGAUGGAAGGAAAGACUGAAGUGGACAGUGAGAACGGAACCAUCCGAGACGAGUUUGCCGUAUUGUGUCGAGACCUGUACGCACUCUACCCGUUGCUGAUCCGCUACGUGGACAACAACCGGGCCCGGUGGCUGACAUGUCCAGACCCAGAUGCAGAGGAACUCUUUAGGAUGGUGGGCGAGGUCUUCAUCUUCUGGUCCAAAUCUCAUAAUUUCAAGAGAGAGGAGCAGAACUUUGUGGUAAUGAAUGAAAUCAACAACAUGUCCUUCCUCACCGCUGACAGUAAGAGCAAGAUGAGCAAGUCUGGAGGCUCGGAGCAGGAACGUACCAAGAAGAAGCGGCGAGGAGACCGCUACUCCGUGCAGACAUCGCUCAUCGUGGCAGCUCUGAAGAAGAUGCUUCCCAUUGGCCUCAACAUGUGUUCGCCCGCUGACCAGGAGCUCAUCAACCUCGCCAAGAUCCGAUACUCACUGAAAGACACGGAUGAAGAAGUGAGAGAGUUCCUGCACAACAACCUGCAUCUGCAGGGAAAAGAGGAGGACCCUGCCAUGCGCUGGCAGAUGUCCCUCUACAAGGAGAUGUCUGGGAAGGCUGAAGAUGCUGAAGACCCCGAGAAAGUGGUGAAAAGGGUCCAGGAGGUGUCGGCCGUUCUUUACCACAUUGAAGUGACUGAACAUCCCUUCAAGUCAAAGAAGAUGGUUUGGCACAAGCUUCUGUCCAAGCAGCGCCGCCGAGCCGUGGUGGCCUGUUUCAGGAUGACGCCGCUGUACAACAUCCCAACACACAGAGCCACCAACAUGUUUCUGGAUGCCUACAAGAGGAACUGGCUGGAGACAGAGGGCUACUCCUUUGAGGACAAGAUGAUUGACGAUUUGUCUAAAGCCUUGGAGGAAGAGGAGGAAGAAGAAGAGGAGACAGAGACGAAGCCUGACCCCCUUCAUCAGCUCAUCCUUCACUUCAGUCGCACCGCUCUCACAGAGAAACUAAAACUUGAUCUUGAUCAUCUCUACAUGUCAUAUGCUGAUAUCAUGGCAAAGAGCUGCCACAUUGGUGAGGAGGACGAAGGGGGAGAACAGGAGGGGGAGGAGCCAUCCUUUGAGGAAAAGGAGAUGGAGAAACAGCGGCUUCUGUACCAGCAGUCUCGCUUGCACGACCGAGGGGCUGCCGAGAUGGUUCUGCAGAUGAUAAGUGCCUGCAAAGGUGAACCUGGAGCCAUGGUUUCUUCUACUCUAAAACUGGGAAUCUCCAUCCUCAACGGAGGCAACAGUGAUGUCCAGCUGAGGAUGCUGGACUACCUGAAGGAGAAAAAGGAUGUGGGAUUCUUCCUGAGCGUUCAGGCUCUGAUGCAGACCUGCAGCGUUCUGGAUCUGAAUGCUUUUGAGAGACAGAACAAGGCAGAGGGACUUGGAAUGGUUUCUGAAGAAGGCACAAAUAAGAAGCUAGAACGUGAUGAGAAAGUGAUGGCUGAUGACGAGUUUACGUGUGACCUCUUCCGCUUCCUGCAGCUUCUUUGUGAAGGCCACAACAAUGACUUCCAGAACUACCUGAGAACUCAGACGGGCAGCACCACCACCAUCAACAUCAUCAUCUGCACUGUGGACUACCUGCUGCGACUGCAGGAGUCCAUCAGUGACUUCUACUGGUACUACUCAGGGAAGGACAUCAUCGAUGAGCCCGGCAAGAGGAAUUUCUCCAAAGCUAUGACUGUGGCGAAGCAAGUCUUCAACAGCUUGACUGAGUAUAUCCAGGGGCCAUGUACCGGUAACCAGCAGUCUCUGGCUCACAGCAGGUUGUGGGACGCCGUCGUGGGCUUCCUGCACGUCUUUGCUCACAUGAUGAUGAAACUAGCCCAGAUGCACCCCGAUGCAGGACAACGUGACGAUCUGUUUUGGAGCAGAGCCCAUGCCGAGGACUCCAGUCAAAUUGGACUGUUGAAGGAGCUGUUGGACCUGCAGAAGGACAUGGUGGUGAUGCUUCUGUCUCUGCUGGAGGGCAACGUGGUGAACGGAACCAUCGCCCGACAGAUGGUGGACAUGUUGGUGGAGUCGUCCAGCAACGUGGAGAUGAUCCUCAAAUUCUUUGACAUGUUCCUCAAGCUCAAAGACAUCGUGGCCUCUGAUGCUUUCCGUGACUACGUGACUGACCCUCGAGGGCUCAUCUCCAAGAAAGACUUCUCCAAGGCCAUGGAUAGCCAGAAGCAGUACUCUCCGUCAGAGAUCCAGUUCCUCCUCUCCUGCUCCGAGGCCGAUGAGAACGAGAUGAUCAACUUCGAGGAGUUUGCUGAUCGUUUCCAGGAGCCGGCCAAAGACAUCGGAUUCAACAUUGCUGUCUUGUUGACCAACCUGUCGGAGCAUGUUCCUCACGACGCUCGCCUGCAGAACUUCUUGGAGCAGGCUGAGAGUGUCCUCAACUACUUCCGGCCCUUCCUAGGUCGCAUCGAGAUCAUGGGGGCCAGCCGCAGGAUCGAGCGGAUUUACUUUGAAAUCAGCGAGGCCAACCGAAACCAGUGGGAGAUGCCUCAGGUCCGAGAGUCCAAGCGACAGUUCAUAUUCGACGUGGUCAAUGAGGGCGGCGAGAGCGAGAAGAUGGAGCUGUUUGUGAACUUCUGUGAAGACACAAUCUUUGAGAUGAACAUUGCCGCGUCUAUCUCCGAGCCAGAAGGAGAAGCUGCGGAAGAAGAGGACGAUGAAGAGGAAGAAGAGGGGGCAGGAAAUGAGGGCGAUUCUGCUGAAGGAGAAGAAGGAAACGGCGAAGGAGAAUCUCCAGAAUCCACCUCAGCUUUUGCCGACUUCUUAACCAGCGUGGUAAACUUCUUCAACAUGUUCACUUUCCGCAACCUUCGCAGACGCUACCGCAAGUUGAGGAAGAUGACGGUGAAGGAGAUGGUUAUCGGCCUGGUGACGUUUGUCUACACCAUCCUGAUGGGCAUCCUGAUGUUCAUCUACAGCAUCUGCAAAGGCUUCUUCACACUUAUAUGGAAGGCUCUAUUCGGCGGAGGCCUUGUGGAGGGCGCCAAGAAGAUGACUGUGACUGAGCUCCUUGCUAGCAUGCCAGAUCCAACACAGGAUGAGGUGCAUGGCGACCUCCCACCUGAGCCAGGUGCUAGAGAAGUUCAGGACUCAGAUGGUGCUGCAGAUCUCUUGGAUGUCGGAGGAGGUGAGGAGGAACAGGAGGACGGGGAGGAGCGUGAAGGUGGUCGUCUGCCAGGGUUCAAUGCUCCGGGGGGACUCGGAGAUUUCGGUGAGACGACAGCUGAGGAACCUCCCACUCCAGAAGGAACACCACUGCUGAAGAGGAAACUGUUGGCAGCUGCAGUCGGAGGUCAAGACGAGGAAGAAGGAGGAGAAAAGGUUGAGAUAGAAGAAGAACCCUCUCCUGAGCCGGAGAAAGCAGACACUGAAAAUGGAGAGAAGCCGGAUAAAGUUGAGCCUGAGCCUGAAGUGAAGGAGGAGGAGCCACAAGAGGUGGAGGAGAAGACCGUGAAGACAAAGGCUAAGAAGGAGAAAAAGCCAACUGAAGAAGGUUUCGAGUUGUGGAAUGAGCUAGAGGUCCAGAGGAUCAAGUUCAUGAACUAUCUUUCUCGUAACUUCUACAACCUCCGGUUCUUGGCACUCUUCAUCGCCUUUGCCCUCAACUUCAUCCUGCUCUUCUACAAGGUGUCCGAUAGCCCCCCCGGAGAGGAGGACUUUGAGGGUUCUGCUCUCUUUGAGGGCUCCGGUCUGUUUGAAGGUUCUGGUGCUGAAGAGGAAGGUUCUGGUUUUGAAGAGGGAGGAGAAGACGAAGAUGAAGAAGGCCCCUUGUACUACUUCCUGGAGGAGAGCACCGGCUACAUGGAGCCAGCACUGGCGUUCCUCAGCAUUGUCCACACCAUCAUCUCCUUCCUCUGCAUCAUUGGCUACAACUGCCUGAAGGUUCCUCUAGUCAUCUUCAAGCGAGAGAAGGAGCUGGCCAGAAAGCUGGAAUUUGACGGCGUCUACGUGACUGAGCAGCCAGAAGACGACGACAUCAAGGGUCAGUGGGACCGACUGGUGCUCAACACCCCCUCAUUCCCCAACAACUACUGGGACAAGUUUGUGAAACGAAAGGUUCUGGAUAAAUAUGGCGACAUCUAUGGGCGGGAGAGGAUCGCGGAGCUGCUGGGGAUGGACCUGGCGUCUCUGGACGUCAGCGCCAUGACUCAUGAGAAGAAGCCGGAACCCGACACGUCAAUGCUCAGCUGGAUCACGUCCAUAGACAUCAAGUACCAGAUCUGGAAGUUUGGAGUCGUAUUCACCGACAACACCUUCCUCUACCUGGUGUGGUACCUGCUCAUGUCUCUGCUGGGCCACUACAACAACUUCUUCUUUGCUGCUCACCUCCUGGACAUUGCCAUGGGAGUGAAGACGCUGCGCACCAUCCUGUCCUCCGUGACUCACAACGGCAAACAGCUGAUGAUGACGGUGGGGCUCCUGGCUGUGGUGGUCUACCUCUACACCGUGGUGGCCUUCAACUUCUUCCGCAAGUUCUACAACAAGAGCGAGGAUGAGGACGAGCCUGACAUGAAGUGUGACGACAUGAUGACGUGUUACCUGUUCCACAUGUAUGUCGGGGUGCGCGCCGGUGGUGGAAUCGGAGACGAGAUUGAGGAUCCGGCCGGAGACGAGUACGAGCUCUACCGCGUCGUCUUUGACAUCACCUUCUUCUUCUUCGUCAUCGUCAUCCUGCUGGCCAUCAUCCAGGGUUUGAUCAUCGACGCCUUCGGAGAGUUGAGAGACCAGCAGGAGCAGGUCCGCGAGGACAUGGAGACAAAGUGCUUCAUCUGCGGAAUAGGCAGCGACUACUUUGACACGACGCCGCACGGGUUCGAGACGCACACGUUAGAGGAACACAACUUGGCGAAUUACAUGUUCUUCCUCAUGUACCUCAUCAAUAAAGACGAGACGGAACACACCGGCCAGGAGUCCUAUGUGUGGAAGAUGUACCAGGAGCGCUGCUGGGACUUCUUCCCAGCCGGAGACUGUUUCAGGAAACAGUAUGAGGACCAGCUCGGAUAAAGUCCAGCCAGCACAGAGCUGCCAGAUGAAGGAAAGAUGCUUGUUCUUUUCUGCACUUUUCUCAGCUCUGCUCCUCGACUUUCCUCCCAAAAAGCUUUAGACUCAUGGCCUUUCCUGUGACCGACUGACCCCUCCUCCUCCUCCCUCUGAUCACUCUGUCCCCUCCAGACUGUCAGUGAACGCAUCAAAUGCUGCUUCAUCUGCUUCUGCUGGAAACACACUGGAGAGAAGCUUUUUCUCGCCGUCCUACUUGCGGCACCAGUCUAUUUAUCCUGACCUUAAUUCUUUACCAGUGAGAGCGGCACACAAACAGCGCCGCCGCUGAACCGGCUUGUUGAUGCGCACGAGCCAUCCCCACUCUAACGCCAUUUGUUGCAGAGCUGAACCCCGAAGUGGACAAGUAGUGCCUGGUGUUUAUGUUAAAGCAUCAUCAUUUGUUAGCGGCAUGCUAACAACGUUUAACGCCUCGGCGCCACUGGGCAUGCUCAGUGUGUCCCUGCUCGUCCAGUGUGUUUUCAGCUUUUACCUUUUUUCUCGUGUUUUAUCGCUGCCUUAGACUUGACCGACAUUUCUCUUAUUUUCAUGGCAAAACUUGAACAAACGAUUGUGAAACUACUAUGGAUAAUCUUUCCUGCUCGCUGCUUGGUAUCGCCUUAACGUUGAAGCUGCGCUGCAGCGUUUCGACACGCACAGUGAAACACAAACCCUAUCACCCAAGCGACCAUCACAGAGUUCUUAUCUCAGCCAGGUUUUCCCCUCGUCCAUGUUUUGAACGUUUCAUGCGGCGGUCCGAUCGUGUGGAUUCCUCCGAACAUAUCGCAGAGGGAAACAAAGGCAAACACAGAAACUGAAGUUCGACAAUUGGUGAGAACUGUUUACCUCACCGGCGCCCUGACGCUGUAGUGUUGUGGCGUUUGGCGAUGCUGUGACUGGUAUCGCCCGAGUCCCGGCACUUGUUUGUCGAGACCCCAGGGCAAUGGACAUCCAGUUUUGCACUCCCAAGUCUUACACCACGUUGACCCGCGGGCUCCUCGGAGCUCACGUCCUCCUCUAGCUUGACUACCCGACGACUGUUUUCUCGCCAUCCAGAGACGCCUCGUGCUUUGAGACACAUGAUGAAUGUAGUUGACACACAACUGUCGGAGACCCUGAAGCAGAGAUGUAUUGAAUCACCAUAGAUGCAUAUAUUUAUUUUUAUUUAGAGCUUUAAUGAGCCGUCCACCAAGCUGUCACACUUGAACGCCACGUCCCGCCGGAGCCUUACGCGGUCCGACCGCUUCUAAUGGAGAAUUGGUUCGGACUCGGUCUCGGGUCGGAGGCAGGUUUGUUUAUUUUGCUGGUGACUUGCGUGUUGUUUUCUGUGAACGGAGCUGAGCAGAGAUCAUCGCUGUCUGCCUGACCGACGUCCUCUGUUUCAAUCCUGAAUAAAGAGAUUAUUUUAAGGACAACUUCUCCCGCCGUCUUCUUUUUCUCAAGUCUCUCACUGAGCUGGCGACACUGAGUCAUAUAUAAAUCCCACUGCCUUUGAAUGCAUCACGCUGCUGAGCCUGUGAUGCCGACGUCAGGUGACAGACCUGGUGA